AUUAAGACUAACCCUAGGCGAUCUGGGGAUCCAUACCACCAGCCGCGGGCGCCGUCCCUCCCCUGCGGCAACCACCUACCCCUCCCCUGCUCCGCCGCCGCCGGCCACCACCACCCGCUGCGAUAGCACCUGGCCCACACCUGCCGUCCGGCUCCGGCCACCAGGAUUGUCCUCCGCCGUCAUUUCCUGCGACAACCCUACCCCACACCUGCCGUCCGGCUCCGGCCACCACGACUCUCCUCCACCGCCAUCCCAUGCGACAGCCCCCCACCCCAGACCUGCCGUUCUCCCCUUGCCACCACGACUCUCCUCCUCUCUCAUCGCACCCCCCCCGCCACUGCAUCCCCUGCCGUCCGGCCGCCGGCCACCACCGCUCUCCUUCGUUGCCACCACCUCCGGUACCUGGGCUAUUAUGCCUGGCUGCGUUUCGGGCGAAAUAAUCUCGCGGAAGACGGAGGCGGGAGAAGAGUUGAUUUCCUUGUGCAAUCGGGGAAGAGCAGAGGUACAAUUUCUGUUCGUGCGGCAAGCGCAGUCCAAAAGGAGUAAUUUUUCUUCCGGAGGAGUCUGUCUGUUGAGAAGUUCUAAUCCGGAUCCUACUCCUCUCUAAUACUCCCUCCGUUUCUAAAUAUUUGUCUUUUAGACAUUUCAAACAGACUAUCACAUACGGAUGUAUGUAGACAUAUUUUAGAGCGUAGAUUCACUUAUUUUACUCCGUAUGUAGUCAUUUGUUGAAAUAUGUAGAAAGACAAAUAUUUAAAAACGGAGGGAGUACUAUCCUUCCUUUUGUAGGAAUUGUGCAACCGGGGAAGAGAGGAGAUAAAUUUAUGUUUGUGCGGCAAGCGUAAUCUGAAAGGAGUAUUUUUUUUCCGGAAGAGUUUGUCCGUUGAGAAGUUGUAAUCCGGAUCCUCCUCCCUCUCCUCUAAUAUCUCCUCCCUUUUGGAGGAGGGCCUGCCGUCGAUUAGUCCGCCGGCCUCAAUAAAUAGAGGAGCGGGGGGAGUAGCAGGGGGCUCUGGUUGAUCGAAUAAGUUGGCGUCCCUGAUCUUAUUUUGGCCGGCGAUUAGUCUGCUUUCUUGUGCAAGCCUAUAAAUAAAUAGAGGAGGAGGGGGGAUUCAAAUUAGGUCGAUCCAAAUAGUGCAGACGUCCCAUCAUCAAGAAGACCAGUUUUUUUAGAUCAUCAGCAAGGUCAGAAAGCCCUCCCCAUCACCCCACUUACAUUGUGUGUUCAACAAGACCAGUUGUUGAUCCGACCAGCCAUGACGAAGAAAAGACAUCACCGCAGACGCAAUGUAAAUGCAACACAGAAAGCAACUCACAACAAAGAUGCUGCCAGCAGCGAAGAAGACACAGACAGGCUUACCAAGCUGCCUAAUGACCUUCUGCUAAACAUUCUGGAGAGGGUGGACACGCUCGAUGCAAUAAGGGCCUGCAUCCUCUCGAGACAAAUGAUGAAGCUCCGCACCAUGCUCUCGCAGUUCUUCUUAAGUUGUAGUUCCAUUCCAGGUCACCAUUUCAACGUCAGUGAAUUUGUCAGAACCAACGGUGUUGUGGCUCAUGUAACGGAUAACAUCUUGAGCACAAGGAGCCCAGAGAUCACCAUCAGCAGACUCAAAAUCAGAUUCCUCUUGGUGCAACCUGACUGUUACACAAUUGGCAAAUCUGUCGCCCAUGCCAUGGCAACACAGAAGGUUGGCGCGGCUGAGUUUCAGAUCGUAACAGACAAGACUCAUUUGAUGUGCUCUCCUGCCGAUCUCCUCGACCAUGCAAAGCAGCUCAAUGAUUUCUUCGGUGCUUGUCGUGAUGCAUUUGCUGGCCUCAGGCGCCUGUGGCUGUGCAAUAUGAGGUUUGGUGGUGAACUGGACAUACCCAACAUCCUCAGCACUUGCAAGCUCUUGGAGUCUUUGCGUUUAACCCAUUGCGACUCUGGGAUGAAUUCUGUGCUGCAACUAGAACAUGCUCAGCUUACCGAGCUCGAGGUCGACUAUGGGAAAUUUGAGAUAGUUGAGCUGACAUGUCUACCGAAACUCCAACGGGUGAGCUAUAAGAGUUGGUUCUACUCUGAGAAAGAUCCCCUGUAUUUUGGUUUUGUGCCACAGCUUUCAAAGCUGAGGCUUGCUAAAACUGGCUCCAGAUCGACUAGGACUCUUGAGUUAAGUCAGCUCCUCGGUAAUGUUCCUUCCAUAAGCGAUCUGCAUCUGGAUUUUGAAAGUGAAAAGAUUUGGGUUCUACCAGAAAGCCCGGAGCUGCUUAGGCCUGUGCUCAGCAAACUACAGCAUGUGAUUCUGGACAAACUUCCUGAAGAAUGUGAUUUAGCUUGGACAAUGUUUAUUCUUGAAGCUGCACCGUCCCUCAAAGAGCUGUGCAUUACAGUAUGGGAUCAUUGGUGCCAUAUGGUGAUGAGAGACAAAGAGUUUCGGGAGAGAAAUGGCUACUGUGAAAAGGCAGACGUGGAGUGGAAGCCACAUGCCCCUGCUUUCAAGCACAAGAAUCUGGUUAAGCUCACCAUCUAUGGUUUCCAACCUGAUGACAUCUUUGUGCGAUUCAUCAGGUGUGUCAUGGAACAUGCGGUUCAUAUGGCGGAGAUAUGUCUGCAUGACAGGAAGGUAUGUCUGCGCUGUGGUGACUUGGAUCCCAAGAUGAAGUGCCCAUCGAGAUAUCCACGGAACGCUGAUGAGCGCAUGCAGAUCAUUGAAGAACUGGGGAUGUCUUUGCCUGGUUUUGUUCGCUUCAUGUCGUAGUUGAGAAAAAGAGAUGUAUGUCACCUUUGUGGUAGUUUGUAAGCCCUCUGAACUCUGUAAUUCCGUAGUUAUCGCGCUUGUACUCUUGCUUAAGCUAUGUGAACUGUCGCCUAAUGAAGAAAAUAUUUAAUACUGUAGUAAA